GUUUUGAAAGAAGAAGUGAAUCUCGGUGAUCAGCACGGAAUGGCACAUGCUCUCAGAGAGAUACAAGCACACAGUAUUCUCAUGAAAAAUCAAAUGCUGCGGUGGUUAUCCCUACUUCUAUUCUGUCCGGCUCUACUGAAUGCUGAAGUUGUUUCAUUGACAUCACAAAACUUCGAGCAAACUAUUCAAGCAAAUGAACUCGUUUUCGUGAAUUUCUACGCAGAUUGGUGCCGCUUCUCGCAGAUGUUGAAACCCAUUUUCUUGGAAGCUUCGGAAAAGUUCAAAGAUGCGGCUCCGGGCAAGAUUAUGUGGGCUUCAGUGGAUGCUGAUAAGAACAACGACAUUGCCACAAAAUAUCAUGUUAAUAAAUAUCCAACUCUGAAGUUGUUCAGAAAUGGAGAAGCCGCGAAAAGAGAGUACAGAAGUUCCCGAUCCGUGGAGGCUCUUAGCGAAUUCAUCAAUAAACAAAUGGAAGUUACAGUGAAGAAGUUUAUUGAGAAAAAUGCACUUCAAGCUGCGCAUAAUCCAGAAAAGAACACAUUUAUUGGAUAUUUCCAUGAUGAAAACAGUGUCGAGUACAAGAAUCUCAUGAACGUGGCAAUGUUUUAUCGUGAUGAAUGUGAAUUUAUGGUUGGAAUCGGAGAUUUGAACUUCCCUGGAGAGGCACCGGCUGCUGGUCAACCACCGAAACUCGUUUUCCAGCCAUCUAAUAAGGCUGUGAAUCCAGCACAGAUUCCAUUCUCUGGAGAUUUUGCCACUUAUGAAUAUCUCAAACAAUGGGUUGCUGACAAAUGUGUGCCAUUAGUUCGUGAAAUCACAUUCCAAAAUGCAGAAGAAUUGACUGAAGAAGGACUUCCAUUUAUGAUUCUUUUCAAGAAAUCUGAUGAUAAAGUCAGUGAGAAGAUCUUCACUGAUGCAAUUGUUCGAGAACUUCCUGAUCAGAGAAAAGCAAUUAACUGCUUGGUCGGUGAUGGAACAAUCUUCAAGCAUCCACUCAGUCACUUGGGUAAAUCGGAAUCCGAUCUUCCAGUCAUUGCAAUUGAUUCUUUCCGACAUAUGUAUUUAUUCAAGAAUUUCGAAGAUGUCAACGUCCCCGGAAAACUCCGCGAAUUCGUGCUCGAUCUGCACAGCGGAAAGCUUCAUCGCGAAUUCCACCAUGGUCCAGAUCCAGUGACUGGAAAUCAAGCACCGGACACUGAGCCACCACCGUCUACAUUCGAGAAGUUGAAGCCUGCUUCUUCGAGAUACACAAUUCUUGACAAAACGGAACUUUAAUUUCUUUGAUUUUUCAUUUUUGUUUAUAACAGAGCUUUAUAUCACAAUUGCAACAUGGCCUUGUUUUGCAUUUCUCUGGUGUUCUUUUUUUUUAAUUUUCAGUUUUAUUCGGUCAAUUUUCCAUUGGUUUUGGUUUUAUUUCUUGGUUUCUACGAGGUCCCCCCACACACAACUAUUUAAUCCCCGAUUUCCACAAAAAACUAUACAUUACUAUGUUAUUCCAUCGGAUUGUUGUUCUUUUGCCAAUCAAAAUCCAUUUCUUUCCUAUUCAUCUCUCUGAAAGUUUUAGUCAAUUCCUGUCUGUGAUGCGCGGUUUUAUUCUUCGUUUUCCCAUGUCUCUAUCCCUGUCUUUUUUUUGUUUUUAGAUUCAAUUUUAUUUCAAAAAUUUUUUGAAUCUUAAAUUCAAAAACAAUCAACAAUGUUAACAGAAACGAAUGAAUAUAUUUAUUCUU